AUGGAUCCACGGAAGAUUCGUCCACGGAAAUGCAAGCCUUGUCCACCACCACGACCUCCUCCGCCACCUCCAUCUCCUAAAAAAGAGGAACCGCCGCCGCCACCGCAUGGUGAACACGUUGCACAAGAGUAUCAACAUGAUUGUUGUGAAUUUCGUGGACAUUUAUUACCUUUUUUGCAAUCAGCACCACCAUCAGCACCACCGUCAUUAUGUCCAUGUGAUUUGUCACCCCAACCCCAACCAUAUGUCAGAAACUAUUGGAAUGAUGACUCAGAACGGUUUUCAAGAAUGAGGAGGGUUGAGAGCCUUGAGAUGGGCUAUAGGAUGAAUUUUUGUGACCCUUUGAAUGACUUGCACGAGAAUAACCAUCCUAAUUUACGUUGUUUAGGGGGACACCACCAAUGCCAUGGACCACCGCCAAUGUUGAUGGGGCACCAUCGUUAUCAACCACCACCAUCAUUAGGGUACCACCGUGGACAACCGCCGUUGUUAGUGGGGCUCUACGGUGGACCACCAGCAUCUUAUUUCCCUCAAGCCGGUGACUAUUAUGGCUAUGAUAAUCCAAAUGGUUGCAUAAUUAUUUGA